AUGGGACUACGAAUCUCUAGCCCCCUGCUUCCAAUUGAGGAUCUUGAGGUGCUUUCCGCUUCGACAAAAUUGUCAAAAGAGCAAAUCAUUUCGCUUUACAAACGGUUUCAGCGGCUGGAUAAGGAUGGAUCCGGCACGCUGUCACAGCAAAAGUUGAUGAACAUCCCCGAAUUUGCUAUGAACCCAUUGGCACCCAGACUGGUGGCCAUUUUCCAACAAGCACAGGCCAACCGGCAAUUUCCAGCCAACUCGUCGGACCAAAUCGACUUUUUAACAUUUGCUCGUACGUUGUCCCAAUUUUCGGACACGGCAAGUCAAAACGAUAGACUUGACCUGGCCCUGCGUAUCAUCGACUGCGAUUGUGACAGCCAUGUGUCGAUCAAAGAUAUUUUCAACAUUUUGAAGCUGAUGGUGGGCGACCAAGUUCCUGACGCCGAGCUGACGCCGAUCUCGGAGACUCUUUUCAGCGAAUUGGUGUGUAAAGCCCGGGGCUCCAAAUGUGAUCAAAGCCCACUGUCAAAGGAUGAGUUUUUUUCCAUUCUACUCGAAAGGCCUUCGUUGGACCUGUUAGCCUUGCCGAUUUUACACGCUUAG